AGGCUGAAUCCAAUGAAAUUAUGAGCGGCAUACAAUUCGGGUUAGGAGUGGCGAUAGGGUCGAUCACACCCAAGGAACAAAAAGAUAUACUAAUGAAGGACUUCAAAGAGGUCCAGAGCACCUGGUGCCCGAGAAAUGGGACACAGUUCACCCCGGCGCACAGUCAACCAGAUUUCUCAUUCAUCACAUAUGCACCCAAAGCCUUCAGAUACUUCCGAGACGCUUACGGGAUCAAACCUGCGGACUUCUUGCUGUCUUUGUGCACGUCACCUCUGCAGGAACUCAGCAAUCCAGGCGCCAGUGGCAGUCUGUUCUAUCUGUCGCCAGACGACAACUUCAUCAUCAAGACCGUCUCCCACAGCGAAACUACGGCUCUAACCAAGAUGUUGCCUGGUUACUUUCUUGUACGUCAGCUCUGUGAUAUCGUAACCAUAACCCCGUGA